AGCCAUUAUCGGACAUCCCUAAUUUAAAUCCAUCAAAGGUUGUCUAAGGUGGGAAACACACCUGAAGUUUCAGGAUAAAAAAAAAAAAAUCAGGUCCUCAGAGUGAAGAAAAGUCUGAGACUAUUUCAAACAUGCCAAAAUCUUUCCUGGUGAAGAAGAAACGAGGUGCCUUGAGGGAAUGGAGAGAGUCGCCGCCGACUGAGUGGGAAGAAACAAACACAGCUGAGAGUAGUGAGCAGCUAUCUUGGAGUUUGGAUGCUCAACAAAGUGCCAAUGUGCUUCAGCAACAAUCAGUCUUUGUGAUUCCGAUGACAAUGCCAAGACUUCUGGCUGCAUCUGGAGGAAUGGUUGCAGACCAAAUGCACGGCUGGUCCACAAGAACGCUUCAAAACUCCUUCCCCCAUCCUGCGGCUGCAGAACUCGCCAGCAAAGCAAAGCCCGGUUCCAGUAACUUUGUGUGCACGGUGUGCCACAAGAUGUUCCCCCUGCAACGCAUUCUGACUCGCCACAUGAAGUGCCAUAGUUUGGUGAAGAGACACCUUUGUCCUUUUUGUGGGAAAGGAUUUAAUGAUACUUUCGACCUGAAGAGACAUAUGCGAACACACACAGGUAUACGUCCCUACAAGUGUGAGCUUUGCGAAAAGGCCUUCACACAACGAUGCUCACUGGAGUCCCACCUGAGGAAGAUUCACGGCAUCUAUCAACAGUACGCCUAUCGACAGAGGCGUUCCAAAAUCUUUGUGUGUGAAGAUUGUGGUUACACCGCAGUUUGUCCCGAUGAGUACUUUCUCCAUGUGAGACAAUGCCACCCUGGCAGCCCCGCCCUCCGCAGAUACUUUCGCCACAAAGCACAAAACAAUUGCAAUUUUGCAUCUGAUGAUGGUAAGGCCAGCCCCUAUUUGAUGUACCCAACUCCUGCAUUUUACAUGUAAGGUCUCUUUUGGUUUUGAUGGUUACGAUUAGUUGAGUUCUGCUAAAUGUGUAAGU